AUGUCAACAUUCUCAAAAGUCAACCAAGCCUUUAUUCAUGACCCCGACGACCCAGAGCGGAAUGGUUCCAAGAGUGAGAACACAGUACACGUGGCAGAACAGGUUCAGCUUGAUGCGGAGACACAGGACAAUGCGCAGGAUCUCCUUGGUUACGGGGAUGCUGACGUUCACGGCUGUUGGCACCGAUUCAUGUUUAACUUGCGAAUGGCUUUUGCCAUCCUGGACCGCAACGCCUUCCACAUGACCCAAACUAUGCAGGACGCCUUCAUGAAGUCGGAGGUGGAGGGAAAGGAAUUGAGCCUUUCCACUGCAAAUUCAAUUGACGACUUCUGGAAGCGUCCAGUAAAUAAAACUACUUGGGAAUAG